AUGUUCCGUGCGAUGGAGCCCCGCGCGCACACCAGCGGCGGGGUGCAGCUGCGCGGAUUCGAGCCCCCGCGGGAGGAAUCCGCUCUUCCGGCGGAAGAGAUCCGCGCAGAGCCGCCACACCCGAGUUUUUCUUCUGGCGACGGCGCGCGGGUGCGCGGAAUGACCAAGAUGAGCCGCCGCCUUUGGGGAAGCGGGCGCCCCUGGUCUCCCCCCAGAAUGUACAGCCGCCGCCUGUGGGGGAGCGGGAGACCGUGGUACCCAGAGGAACGGGGGUGGUCGACUGCAGCAUCAAGGCACUUCACCCAUACUGUUCCUCUCCACCACCCUUCAAUCAUUACCUCCCCCAUCAACAUAUAUCAUUCACCCACUCAAUUUCCCCACCCACUCCUUUCCACCACCCACUCCUUUCCCCCACCCACUCCUUUCCACCACCCACUCCUUUCCACUACCCACUCCUUUCCCCCUCCCACUCCUUUCCCCCACCCACUCCUUUCCCCCACCUACUCCUUUCCCCCACCCACUAAUUUCCCCAACCCCCUCGUUUCCCCCACCCACUCCUUUCCCCCACCCACUCCUUUCCCCCACCCACUCCUUUCCCCCACCCACUCCUUUCCCCCACCCACUCCUUUCCCCCACCUACACCUUUCCCCCACCUACUCCUUUCCAUUCCUCCACCCACUCCUUUCCCCCACCCACUCCCGAUGUCUGGCUGUGGUUAUGAAAGGGGAGGAUGAGUGUUGUGUGUGUGUGCUGGCUAUUAGGCUCCAUGGGCUUAGCAUCAGUCCAAUUGCAGUCACAAAACAGCCUCGUGUAGGUGCAGUGGCAGUGCGGUACAAUGAGAUUGAGCACGAGACCUCUGGGAUGGAGUGCGGUGGUGCAGUGUAA